AUGGAGAAUCUGGAAAAGCUCACGUCGGCGGGGCUACCCGCCUUCGACAUGAAUUCUGAAGACGUCGAUAGCACAGACUGGUCGCAAACACCUCUCGGCCCACGCGAGUCCUGGCCGCUGGCGCUGAAAUGCCUCGUCAACAGCUGCGUCCUGCCUAUGCCCCACUGCGCCGCCAUUUUCUGGGGCAAGGACCUCUCCAUCAUCCACAACCUGGCAUGGGGGAAGGCGCGGGGUGAUGUUGACACCCAGGGGGCCGCGGCUCAUGACAGCUACUCACAUGAAGCCCUCAGUUCGUUGCGCAAUGUGGUUCGAGGGCGGACGGUCAAGGUAGCCUCCAGGUUCUUUCUGCCCGACCUUGCUGACGAGGCCCACUUGCAACUCCUCCUCAGCCCCAUCCUUGACGAAAACGGAACACGACAAGGUGUCUUGGCGCAACUCCUCGAGGACGAUGCCGGGCAGAACUGCAGGCCCUUCAAAGGACUGCAACGCAUGGCUAGCGAAAAUCCGGCCUCGCAAUUGAAACAGUCGCAGACGCAGCAAGACGACGGGAAGAAAACCCAACAGCAACCCGAUUCCUUGCAGACCCAGUUGUUCCAAAGAUUUGCCGAGCUGAUCCCCAACGGUCUUGCUAUCCUGGACAAGGAAGCCGAAGCUGUCUUCGUAAAUGACGGCUUCUUCAAGCUCACUACGAACAAGCACUCGAACGAGUUCCGUGCCUGGCCCGAAAGUAUUCAUCCUGAGGAUUACGAUCGCGUCAUGACCGCAUAUCGCAAAGCCUUUUCUUCUCGAAAGGAAUUGAGAAUCGAGUUUCGAUGCGCUAGCGAAACGACAGGCGAUGGGCCAGGCGAGCAGGGUGAAUGGAGGUUGUUCUUACUCAGGCCCCUCAAUGAGGACGCCGACGCUGGCUUUAUCUCCGCCGUUGUUGACAUAACCGAGAUCAAGCAAGCUCAGCUGGCUCAGGAACGCGCUGCCACCGAAGCCCAAGAACGGAAAGAACAGCAGGAAAGAUUCAUAGAUAUGGUUUCGCACGAGAUCCGCAAUCCACUGAGUGCCGUCCUACAUCUAGCCGAGGAGGUGAAACAAGUCACCCAAGAGCUAGCCGACGAGCACGAUGGCAUAGCUGACAAAGUAGCCGAUAUUCUAGAUGCUGCGGAUACUAUACUCCUCUGUGUUUCUCAUCAAAAUACUCUAGUGGAUGAUAUUCUUUCUUUCUCCAAGCUUGACUCUAUGAUGCUUUCUUUGGUCCCGCGAGAGGUACGACCAAAGUGGGAGUUCUCCAGAGCUCUCAAAGUCUUUCAGUCCGAAUUUAAAGCCAAGAAGAUCAAAUUCCACUAUGCAAUGGAUGUCUCAUACGAUGAACAAGGUGUCGACUAUGUAGUUGCUGAUCUUAAUCGGAUGAAGCAAGUCCUGGUCAACCUCAUCACCAAUGCCAUCAAAUUUACGGCCAGAAAAAACGGCGAGAGGAACAUCACUGUUUCAAUGGGAGCCUCAACCGAACGACCAACUUCGUAUCCUCCGAACGUGAUAUAUUUCAGCCAUGAGAAGGAGUCAUUUCACGUCGACUCAACGAUGUCGACUGAAUGGGGCGGCGGGGCAUCUUUCUAUCUGAUGGUAGCGGUUAAGGAUACUGGCAUCGGAAUUAGUCAGGAAGGUCAGGCAAAGCUGUUCGAACGCUUCCGACAAGCAACUCCAAAAACGCAGGAGAAGUAUGGCGGCUCUGGACUAGGACUGUUCAUAUCACGAAAGCUGUGCCAACUGCAUGGGGGCGAUAUCGGAGUAAGCUCCAAAGAUGGGGAGGGCUCGACUUUUGGCUUUUUCUUCAAAGUACGACGAGCAAAAGCAGAAGACGGACGACCACUCUUCCAAUCUCGCAGCAACAGCGAAACCAGCCAACAAUCUGCCCGCCCUCAAACUCCACGGCCGGGCUAUAACCGAGCAAAUUCGAACCUCCAGAGUAUCAAAGAGAAGCAGAAUGAACGCCCGGAAGCUAAGACGCAGACAAGCUACGAAGACACCGACAUAGAUGAAGUCAAUGAAUCGCUCGAAAACCCUCCGACAGAGUACAGGCCAGAGGCGCAUCCCGAAUCCUCUGAAGAUAGCCGCUACAAAGAAACGGAACGUAUUGCAAGCCAGAUCGUACCAGAGGAUGCCAAAAUUAAGAAACAGGCACCAAGCUUAGCAAAAGGCGAGACACGGCGUCAACAUCUUAUUGCAGAGAACACGUCCAAAUCACAAAGCAAGCAACCGCCCGGAAAAACUCAAACACUUCUUUUGGUAGAAGACAAUUUGAUCAACCAAAAAGUGCUACGCCGUCAGCUGCAGUCGCGCGGCUUCGAAGUAUUCAUCGCAAACAACGGCCAAGAGGCCAUCGACGCAGUUGCAGAACGGGGGAAGGCAGCUGAACGCGAGGUUAACAAUUGCAAUCAUUUUGACUGCAUACUGAUGGACCAGGAGAUGCCGAUCAAGGACGGCAACGCUGCAACACAAGAGAUUCGGCAACUGCAGAAAGAAGGAAAGGCAGGAUACAGUCGCAUCUUGGGCGUUUCCGCAAACGUCCGGAAAGAGCAGACGGCAAGUAUGCGGGAAGCCGGCAUGGACGAUAUUAUCAGCAAGCCGUUCAAAGUCGAAGAUCUGGUCAAGAGGAUUGGGAAGCUUGUUCCUGGGCAUGAUGGCGGGCAAGGAUGUCCUGAGAGACUAAAGGGCAAACAAAGCGGCAAGGGGGAAGAGAAGCAGCCAGGUGGUGAUGGUCAAGCGAAGAAACAAGAAAAUGGUGAGGAAGGCCAGAAGCAGAACGAUGAAGGGAAAGAGAAGAAGAAGAGUAAUGAAGGGCAGGACAAGCAAGAUGAGAAGCACGCAGAGAGGGAGGGGGAUACAUCGAGUGCUGAUGGGAAAGAGAAAUCCCAGGAUGGCGACGGAGGAGAGAAGCAGAAAGAAGGCGAGGGGAAACCGGAGAAACGAAAUGGCGUCGAAGCAGGGGCGAAGAAUCCUGCCGUCAAGUCGAAGAAAAAGAAAUGA